AUGGUGUGGGUCGAGAGUGGCGUCCUCGGCGUGGAGGACGCACGCGACAAGGACGGCGAGGAGGCCGUGAUAGUCACGCUCACCUCAUUGUCCUCCAUGAUCAUUGGCGGCGAGAGCGGGGAGAAGUGCAGCUGCGGCCGUCGCGGCUUCCACGCCGACAAGCCCCGCGGGGGUGUCUCCCGCGGCGAGGUUCGACGAGAGGAGCUCGCCACGUGCAUUUCCAAAGAGCAGCAGCGGUAG